AUGAAGAGAAAUUACUUCUCUCAAUGGGUCAUGAAUCUGUGGAAUUUACUCCCCCAAAGUGUGGUGGAUGUUGGGACAUUGAGAAAAUUUAAGGAAGAGAUUGGCAGAUUUUUAACUAGUGACGGGUUGAAGGGUUACGGGGAGUAGGCAAGAAAGUAGAGUUGAGGCCGAGACAAGAUGAGCCAUGAUUAUAUUAAAUAGUGGAGUAGGUUCGAGGAGCUGAAUGGCCUCGUCCUGCUCCUAGAUCUUAUUUACUUACAUACUCACUCAUGCAGAAACCCCCAACUCAAACGCCAUGACUCGCUUGUAGAUCAAAGCGCUGUCUACCUCUGCCUUUAAUGAAUGAACCAGGCUCCACUGCUUCCUGGGGUGGUUAAUUCCAAAACUGAAGAAGCAAUUCCAAAAAUUCCUCUUCACUUCAAUCUUCAAUGGGAGUCCCCUUAUUCUACCGUCUUAUACAACAAAUAGAAACACACCAACUAUGCAUCUUUAUUUAGAUUUAUUUGUCACUUACGCACCUAUUCUUUUCAUCUUCAUUUUACUUUGCCUGACUUUAUGAACUAUAUAUGUUUGCUUGUUAUCUUCCCUCUGACAACAGGUCAACGACAGAGCAUACGUUAUCUACAAUGAUGCUGCCCCAUUCAUGCCUUAUGACAAGGAGCAUGGGCACACAAAAGGGAUUCUGCUGUUUGACCAAUCCCAGGGGUUCUGGCUGAGUCACAGUGUUCCACAUUUCCCACCCUUUGCCAACAUGCAAUAUUCCUGGCCUUCCUCUGCAAAGAGGUUUGGACAGAUGCUUUUCUGUUUCACCUACAAAUACAAACAAGUGCUGGAAAUUGGAAGGCAGCUUUUAUACUCAAACCCACACGUCUACAACUGGUCUCUUCCUGACACUUUCCUGCCUGAGCUUUCAGAUCUGCAAAUUGCUGCCAAGGGGGGCAGUGUGUCCAAGUCUCCAUGGAUACGCCACACUGUGCUGACAUCCUCAGCGGGAGUCCAGCUUCAGAGCUUUGCAAAAUUCAAGCAUUUUGAAGAUGAUAUUUACACAGCCUGGGUUGCACAGGACCUGAAGACGGAUUUGUUGGCACAAACUUGGAACAGGACCAAGGAAGAGCUCCCUUCGAACUGCUCCCUCCCCAAACACGUCUACAAUGUCGCAAGGGUCAAAUUGCCAGGGCCAGCCAGCUUCCACUCGGACAAUGAUCACUCCAAGUGGUGUGUCUCCCUGCGCUACCACGAGCAGUGGGUUUGUAUCGGAGAUCUCAAUCGGUCAGUUGGCCAAAUGUGGAGAAGUGGGGGGCUUCUCUGCACACAGCACCUGAAUAUUUACCAAGCUCUGCGGAGGUCGGUCUCCUGGUACAAUAACUGCACAGACUCUCAGUAGUGGGACAAAAGGCCAGCUGACACCAAGUUUUCAGUCAUUGCGGUGACAGCAUAGCCCUUAGACAACAUGCCUCGCUUCUACCUUUCCUCUUAGUCUGGCAGAUUAAAUGAAGCAGCAACAGAGACUGUCGGUAUACCUCCCUUCUCAACGCUAUCAUCUGUGUCAGUUGGAAUCUAAUCCGCCUUGCAAACCACAACGUGUCUCUUUCAAGAAAUAAUUCUUACGAUUUGGAUUCCUCCUUCCCUCCAUCUCCCUCCAUCUGAACUGGAGCUUUCUGGGUUUAUCUGUUGAACCUUUGUACAACAAUAUCAAACAUCAUAAAUACUAAAUGAGUCAUUGUUUCAGCCUGUCGAAGAUAUAAAACCUCCAAAGCAUUCACUUUCUGUGAAAAACUUAUUUUGAUCUUAUGUGGAAAAUGUGAUGCUGAUAUUUUCUCAUCAAACUGCUCAGAUAUUCUGUCACACACUUCUGGGGCAGGUAGAGCUUGAAGGCAGACAUCCUAACUCAGAGGUAGGGACACCACCACUUCACAAGAGACCCACUAAGUUAAAUGUCAUGUACUAUUUUGGAUAUUGGUUUGUUAAUUGGGUAAUUCUAAUUGUUUAAUAUGCCAAUCAUAUUCUGCGUGGAGACGAGAUAAUGUAAACCACAUGAUUUGGUCUCUGAUAGAGCCUUGUGGAAGAUGUAAGACGCAGUAAGAUGUGUUCCAAUAAAACUUCUGUUUCACAUA